AUGGCUUCAUCCUCAACCUCCCCUCCAUCUCCCCCCAAAGAUGCCACCAAAAUCCUCCGCAAGGUCGACCGUCGACUCAUCCCCAUCCUCUUCUUCACAUACAUGUUGAACUUCAUGGACAAAACCAUCCUCUCCAGCGCCUCGGUCUUCGGUCUCAUCGACGAUACAAACCUCGUCGGUCAACAAUACAGCUGGGUCUCCAGCAUCUUCUACUUCGGCUACUUCUUCUGGGAAGCGCCCACCAACCUGCUCAUCCCGCGACUCCCCGUCGCCAAAUACCUGACAGUGAACACCCUCUUCUGGGGCGCCGUGGUCGCCCUGACCGCCGCCUGCGUCAACUACGGCGGUCUCCUCGCCGUACGGUUCCUCCUCGGCGUCGCCGAAGCCACCAUCACCCCAGCCUUCAUGUUCAUCACGACAUCGUGGUACACGCGCGACGAGAUCCCCAUGCGCACCGGGAUCUGGUUCUCAGGGAACUCGAUCGGCGGACUCGUCGCCAGCCUGCUCGCCUACGGCGUCGGACACAUCCCAGGGCCCCUGAGCCCAUGGCAAUGGAUGUACAUCAUCCUGGGAGUCGCGACGUUCCUCUGGGCAGUCAUCCUCUUCCUCUUCCUACCCGACAGCAUCUCCAGCGCACGAUUCCUAACACCCCCCGAACGAACCUUGAUGACCCACCGCGUCCUCAUCGCAGGGACCGGCCGCACCGAAAAAACCACCUGGUCGUGGCCGCAGACCCGCGAAUGCCUCAUCGACCCCAAAACCGCCUUCCUCUUCUCCCUCGCCUGCCUCACGCAGAUCCCCAACGGCGGGACCCAGAACUUCAGUAACCUGGUCAUCACCUCGUUCGGGUUCACCCCGCUGCAAUCCACCCUCCUCAACAUCCCCACGAGCCUGAUCAGCGCCGCGACCAUCGCCGUGACGGGAUGGAUCGCCAGCCGAUAUCGAAACGCAACCUGCCUCCUCCUCCUAGGGAUCACGAUGCUAAGCAUCACCGGAAGCGCAAUCAUCUACGCGCGGAGACACGUACCUCGGGGAGGACAGCUCUUCGGAUACUUUCUCCUAGCGACAGGCCCGGGGGCCUUACCGCUGAUCAUGUCCCUAGUCCAGGCGAACUAUAAAGGCGUGAGUAAGAAGAUGUGCAUGACGGCGCUGAUGUUCGUGGCGUAUUGUGCGGGGAACAUCGCGGGUCCGCAUCUCUUUCGGACGAGUGAGGCCCCCGUCUAUCAGACUUCGUUUCGCGCGAUCUUGGUCUGUUAUAUCAUUGCGGGGGUGUUGGCAGUUGCGCUGAGGGGGUAUUUGGGGUGGUUGAAUCGGAGGAGGGAUGAGAGGGAGGGGGUUAGGGGGGAUGCUGGGUUGGCGGGCGCGGUGGUCGGGGUGGAAGGAGUAGGAGGUAAGGCGCAGCAGGGGAGGGAGACGAGGCAGGACGUGUCGGAGUUGGUGCAUUCGGUGGAGUUGAGACCGGAGGAUUAUGAGGACGUGACGGAUUGGGAGACCGUGGGGUUUCGGUAUCGGUUGUAG